UCGCGAGGUUAGGAUUAGAUGAGACUGCAGCUGAUAGAUGUGAUGUAGUGAUGUAAUGUUGCCUGUUUGGUGACUACGGAUGGCUGUUUGUGCCAGGCUCUGCGGGGUGGGCCAGUCUCGUAGCUGCCGGAGGCGACAGCGGAACAACCAGCAGGACCAAGGCAGCGAUUCGGACAUGGACGAGGAGGAGGGGGAGCAGAUUGUCGGCCAGCGGAAAACCGAGACAGGUAGCCGCGGAGGCCCUGGGGGCGUCGUCGCCACUGCGGGGCAGAGUGACGCUCGCGAUUAUGGCAGCGGUCAUAUCAACAGAAGCUGCCGCGAUCCAACUCCCAGCACCGGACCCCCACACCCGGAAUCGCUGGUGGAUUUACCACCGGAGCUGCUAGUGGAGAUAUUUUCGUUGCUUCCUGGAACAGUGCUCCCAAAUGUCGCGCUUGUGUGCAGGAAAUUCAGACAAAUCCUCAACACGGAAACCAUUUGGAGAAAGCGAUGCAUGGAAGAGUUCGGCAUGAACGAGGAUCUGAGGAAGAUGGAAGCAAGAGGAGUCUCCAGCCAGGACCUCUAUGUGAAACGUGUCAGUCCGCGGGUGAAGUCGGGGCGCUUUAUGAAGCUCCUCCCAGACUACGAGAACAUGGACUAUAGAGAUGUUUACACACACUUGCUUCAUCCCUACAGGCACAUCUUGGGCCUGUGGCAGCCCGACAUCGGCCCGUACGGUGGAUUACUCAAUGUUGUGGUGGACGGUUUGUUCGUCAUCGGCUGGAUGUAUCUGCCACCUCAUGACCCCCGCGUGGAAGAUCCCAUGAGAAGGCGGCCGCUCUUCCGUAUUCACUUGUUGGACUGUAAAAAAGCCACGGUGGAGUGCAUGUAUGGACACAGAGGCCCACACAAAGGGGACAUACAGACGGUAAAGAAGGACGAGUUUUCGACUAAAUGUAACCAGACUGAUUAUCACCGGAUGCCAGGAGGCAGACAGGAGGAAUUUAGGACUUGGUUAGAAGACGAAUGGGGUCGAACGCUGGAAGAAAUCUUCCAUGAGCACAUGCAGGAGCUCAUCCUGAUGAAGUUCAUUUACACCAGUCAAUAUGAUAACUGCUUGACAUACCGGCGGAUCUACCUGCCUCCCACGAUGCCCUCUGAUCUGCUGAAGCCGGGCUUGUUCAAAGGCACCUACGGCAGUCACGGCCUGGAGAUUGUCAUGCUUAGCUUCCACGGGACGUCUGCGAGAGCCACCAAACUCACUGGAGACCCCAACGUUCCUGCAGGACAGCUCACUUUAGACGUUGACCUGAGUCGGCCAGUGAUCCUCCCGGAACUGGAGCAACAGCGCAAAAUUGAGGAGCUGUCACAGAUUGUAAUGAGAAUACAUGAUGAGGUACAGGGAGAGGCGGAACAGCAGGCCAGCGGAGCCUCUGCUACGGGCAGAUGUGCAGCGGAGGGAGCCUGCGGUGGUUCCAGCGGAGCAGAAGCAGAAGAGGGUGACCGCGGUGCAGCUUCUGACAGCUGCCAGUCUGGACCAGAGGAAAGUAACCACUCUGAUGACCCCCUGCCCUUCGUCCUGCCUCUGGGGGUCAUGGCACGCAAUGAGGUCUACCCUCGCUCCUGCAGGAAAUGCUUCUACGGAACGGGCCUGAUUGCCGGGCACGGCUUCACGAGUCCAGAGCGCACCCCGGGGCUCUUUGUGCUGUUCGAUGAGGACCGUUUUGGUUUCAUCUGGCUGGAGCUGAAGUCUUUCAGCCUGUACAGUCGGCUGACGGACCACCUAGACCACGCUCAUGCCCCGAGCAUGGAGCGGUUUGAGGCCAUGCUGCGAAACAUGCAGUCCUGGACAUCUUGAUGCUUUAAGCCCCUGCCAACCCUGUGUUUUCAACGUGAAGCAACCAUCACACACAAAUCACCUCUGCUGAUCUCUGAUGAAUGGAACUCUCUAGGUUCUCUCCAUAGUUGGGUUUUACUGUGCAACCUCACCUACCUGUGUCACACCAACCUAGCGCUAAAGGUUCUCCCAAGUCCUCAUUUAUUACCUCCACCUGGUCUGGUCUCUGGUGCAGCAUGAUAACAACGGGUCAUAUAAAUUUGAUUAAAUCCCUCGCAGGAAGCAAUUACACUGGAUAAAUAUUAUAUCUUAAAAGAAUCAAACUGUUAUGUGCCUGUGAUAAAAAAAAAAUACAUUUAUAUUCAGCAGUGCUUGAAAAGGGAAAAAGGCAUCCAAUGUAUUCUGCUAGCUAAAAGUAUUACACCAGUUUCAGUGCCCAACAUGUUCAAGCGCAUGCUGCGUGUAUUUAGGUUUAACCAUAUUGCACUCAUAACCACUACCUGGACACGUUUUAAUAAAGCAGCAUGCCUUGCUCUUAUUUAUUAUGAUUAUAUUUUUGGCUGUAGACAUCAGCAUUUUCAAAAGGACAUCUCAGGUGCUUCACUUGGCUGCAAAACUACAAAAUACAUGUGUAAAAAAAAAAUCCAGCUACAUUAAAUGUAUUUAUUUAAAUAAAAGUGAAAUUUUGGAUUUUUAUGUAACCUUUGAACUUUCAUCUUAUCAAACACUGCAGUUGUGCCACUAAGUUUUAAGCCUGACCAGUACGCUUUUGCCCUUUCAGCUAAAGAUCUACCGCGUCCAGUGAUACGCAUCACAUUUAAUAUCACCACACCCAACGUAUUAGCCUAUUAUCUAAGAUGGAACGAUGUGCUGUAAUGAAUAAAUAAUCUGCUCAAAAGUUGUAAGUAAUCAAAGUACCAGAAUAUAGUUUUUAACUGCUUCUGUCCGUGUUCUCUUCUAAACUGUAGUGGCGGUGUUGUUUGUUUUAAUGGCUGACACAGUGUUUGCCUGGCUUUAUUCCCGCUAAGCUCUUACCUCCAGCUGCCCCGGGGUUUUUCCAACUCCAGGCUGAUCAUUAUUUAAACCAACAGCUCAAAGUGCAUCAUAAAGAACGUCUCAUACUGGCCUGGCAGUGAUGCCCAGUAGCUUUCCUACUCCAAGUGCACUUUUCUGGGCGGUUUAUCGAAUCAUUUGGAAAAACGGCCGCCAGCACUUUUGUAUCGGACUCCAGUUUUCCUAGAAUUUGCAAAAGGAUUGUCUGCUAACGCACUCUUGAUUUGUCAACAUUUUAUUAGCUUCAUUUCAUAAUUAUUUGUGUUUAUGUCCGACGUGAAUCCAGCUAUUUGAAUUAUUUGCCUUUUUUAUGUGUUGCUUUGUGUUAUUGAUGCUAAACGACCGAUUUUAUGGAGACUUAAGUUAAACUUUUGAACUGCUCAUCAGAAUUCAGGGAGCUUUUCAGCUUAAGCACUGUUCUCAGUAAUAAAAAUAAAAAUGGAAAAUA